GCUGCAGGGAGCUCUCCGGGUCCUGAUCUGACCGCAUCCCGCCCUGGCAUGGGCGCCCCCACCCUGCUCUGGCUUCCCUUGACUCUCUUCGCGCCUGGAGUCCUCGGUCAGUGUAAGUUCCUGCCCAGGUACCCUUUUGCUAAGCCUAAUCCUGGGAGUGAUCAGUCUGAGUUUGCUGUUGGCACAACUUGGGAAUACAAAUGCCUCCCUGGCUUUAUCAAGAAGUCAUUCUUUAUCACCUGCCUAGAGACUUCCAAGUGGUCAGAUGCUCAGCAGUUCUGUAAACGCAAAUCAUGUAGCAGCCCCCAAGAGCUGCUCCAUGGCUCUGUGCUUAUACCCAUGGGGACCGAGUUUGGGUCAACCAUUACCUAUUCUUGUAACCAAGGAUAUCGACUCAUUGGUGACUCUUCUGCUACAUGCAUUAUCUCAGAUAAUACUGUAGUCUGGGAUGCAACCAUGCCUUUUUGUGAAUCUAUUCUGUGUGAGCCGCCCCCAGCCAUCUCCAAUGGGGUCUUCUCCAGCAGCCAUAGAGAAAUCUUUCCCUAUGGAAGUGUGGUAACUUAUCGUUGCCGUGUUGGACGGAAUGGGGAAAAGCUGUUUGACCUGGUGGGUGAGAAAUCAACACAUUGUAUCAGCAAAGACAAUCAAGUUGGCACCUGGAGCAGCCCACCCCCGCAGUGCAUUGACUCAGUCAAGUGCCCAAAGCCAGAAAUUGAAAAUGGACAGAUGGAAUCUGGAUUUAGGCGGUCAUAUUUCUUAAAUGAUUCUGUGAUGUUUGUGUGCAAUCCUGGCUUUACUAUGAAAGGCAGCAACAUUGCAUGGUGCCAACCAAACAGCAAAUGGAACCCUCCACUGCCAACUUGCUUCAAGGGAUGUCUACCACCUCCGCAUAUCCAUCAUGGUACUUCUAACACAAAGGAUAAGGAAUUCUUUUCAGUUGGACAGGAAGUGUCCUACAGCUGUGAGCCUGGCUACACUCUCACGGGAACUAACCGUGUACAAUGCACACCCUCGGGAACCUGGAGUUCUGCGGCCCCCAGCUGUGAAGUGAAAUCAUGCGAUGCUAUUCCCAACCAACUUCCCAAUGGCCGUGUGGUGCUCCCUCUCACUUUUCAGCUUGGGGCAGAGGUUUCCUUUGUCUGUGACCCAGGGUUCCGGUUAAAUGGCAAUUCUUCUAGUCAGUGUGUCCCAGAAGGAGUGACAGUAAUCUGGAAUAAUAAGUUUCCUGUCUGUGAACGGAUUUCUUGUGGCCCUCCUCCUCUUAUCAAACAUGGCAGGAAAAGUGUUACCUCUGGUUUCACACCUGUGAAUACUGUUGUAGUGUACUCUUGCUACCCUUCCUACCGUCUCAUCGGAGAAAAGGCGCUUUUCUGCAUAAGCAAAGACCAAGUGAAUGCAGUAUGGGAUAAAGCUGCUCCUGUGUGUGAACUCUUCAAUAGACGUGCUACUUGCUCCGAGCCCGUAGUACAUGGAGGGUACAGAAAGGGGGGAUCUAAACCACCAUAUGCUCACGGCCAUUCUGUGACAUUUGCCUGUGAAGCCAACUUUACCAUGAAAGGAAACAAAACUGUCUGGUGUCGAGCCAAUGAAACGUGGGGACCAACACCACUACCAACCUGUGAGAGAGAUUUCCAGCUCGAGUGCCCACCACUUCCUGAGAUUCUUCAUGGGCAUCACACAGGGCAAAAGGCUGGCCCCUAUGAGCCAGGGUCAUCUGUGACGUAUAGCUGCCAGCCUGGUUACUUGCUUGCGGGACAGAAGACCAUUCAGUGUUUAUCCUCAGGAGUCUGGAACGCAGCGACUCCCACUUGCAAAGAGGCCCGGUGUGACCCUCUAGGACCAUUUCCCAAUGGGCAGGUAAAGGCACCUGCAAAUCCUUGGCUUGGUGUAAUCGCGAACUUCACCUGUAAUGAAGGGUAUUGGUUAAAAGGCCAACCGUCUAGUCGGUGUGUGAUUGCUGGACAAAAAGCUUCUUGGACCAAACAGCCUAUCUGUGAAGAAAUUCUUUGCCCACCACCUCCCCCUAUUCUCAAUGGAAGACAUACAGGCAGCUCUUCGGCGCGUGUUCCGUACGGAAGCAGAGUCACUUACAUGUGUGACCCAGGUCCAGAGAGAGGAAUGGAGUUCAUCCUUGUUGGGGAGCGCACUAUCCUCUGUACCGCAGGGCAUCUGUCAUCUGGGAACUGGAGCGCCCCUGCCCCACGCUGUGAACUUCCCACUUCUGCCAUUCAGUGUUCACAUCCCCAGAUCACAAGAGGCCUAACGUUAUCUGUGCAGAAAGAGCGAUACUCCUAUAAUGACACUGUGAUGUUCGAGUGUGAGUCUGACUUCACCAUGAAGGGCAGCAGGAGAGUCCGGUGCAAUGCCCAAGGAAUCUGGGAGCCACCAGUCCCCGUGUGUGAAAAGGAAUGCCAGGCCCCUCCUGAAAUUCUCAAUGGGCAAAAAGAAGAGAAACACAUGGACCACUUUGACCCAGGAACAUCUAUAAACUAUAGCUGUGACCCCGGCUAUGAGUUGGUGGGAGAAGCAUCCAUACAUUGCACCCCUGAGGGGAUGUGGUCCCCCGCUGUCCCCCAAUGCAAAGUGGCAGAGUGUAAACCCAUAGGACCACAUCUCUUUACAAAACCCAAGGACCGGUUUAUUAGAGCAGCUGUUAAUGCUUCUUGUGGUGAAGGGUUCCGACUGAGUGAGAGUGCUUAUCAAUUGUGUCAAGGUACGGUGCCUUGGUUUAUAGAGAUCCGCCUUUGUAAAGAAAUCACCUGCUCACCACCCCCUGUUAUCUACAAUGGGCUACACACAGGAACUUCUUCAGAAGAUGUUCCAUAUGGGACCACAGUCACAUACACCUGUAACCCUGGGCCAGAGAAAGGAGCGCGAUUCGAGCUCACUGGGGAGCAUACCAUACGGUGCACAAGCCGGGACGGAGUGAGAGGCAGCUGGAGCGGUCCCGCUCCUCUCUGCAAACUCGCACUCCCUGCUGUCCAGUGCUCAGCUGAGAUCAUUGAAAAUGGAUACACGCUAUUCCCCAGGAAAGCCUCCUAUUUCUACAAUGACAGUAUGACAGUCAAGUGUAAUCCUGGCUAUACUUUGAAUGGCAGCAGCCAGGUUCGUUGCAAAGCCAAUAACACCUGGGAUCCGAAAAUACCAACUUGUGUAAAAGAAGGAUGUGAGCCUGUGUCAGCUCCAGGUAGUUCACGUGUGAAACCAGUGAAUACAUCCUGUCAAGAUGGGUACCAAUUGACUAGCUAUGCUUAUGAGAAGUGUCAAGAUGCUAAGAAUGGAGUCUGGUUCGAAAAGAUUCCUGUUUGUACAGUUAUUCACUGUCAGCCCCCACCCAGGAUUGCCAAUGGGAGGCACAGAGGUGUGGCAGAAGAAUCAUUCCUAUAUGGAAAUAAAGUCUCUUACGAAUGCGACCCGGGAUACUACCUUCUGGGAGAGAAAAAUCUACAGUGCAGCAAAGAUGCUAAAGGACAAGGAUCCUGGAGUGGGCCUCCCCCAAAGUGCUUACGCUCUCCUCCUGUAACUCACUGCCCGAACCCAGAAGUCAAACACGGAUACCAACUCAAUAAGACACGUCCCACCUAUUCCCACAACGAUGUAGUGUAUGUUGCCUGCAAUCCUGGUUUCCUCAUGAAUGGCAGUCGCUUGAUAAGGUGUCACACAGAUAACACAUGGGUACCAGGCAUACCAACCUGUAUCAGAAUGGCUUUCUUAGGUUGUCAGUCUCCCUCUACAAUCCUCAAGGGGAAUCAUACUGGUGGAAAUAUAGCACAGUUUUCCCCAGGAAUGUCCAUCCUGUACAGCUGUGAGCAAGGCUAUCUGCUGGUGGGAGAGGCGCUAAGUGUCUGCACACAUGAGGGAACCUGGAGCCAGCCUGCCCCUUACUGUAAAGAGGUCAACUGUAGCUUUCCUGAAGAUCUGAGUGGACUUCAGAAGGGACUGGAGCCAGGGAAGAUGUAUCACUAUGGAGCUAUUGUAACGGUGGAAUGUGAAGAUGGGUACGCCCUGGAGGGCAGUCCCCAGAGCCAGUGCCAGGGUGACCAACAGUGGAGCCCACCCCUGGCUGUCUGCAGAUCACGCUCACUUAUUCCAUUUCUUUCUGGCAUUUUGGCAGGUUCAGCAUUUCUUACCCUCUUGGCUAUUUUCACCGUAGUCAUGAUAAUGAAGCACAAAGUACGCCAUUAUUAUACAAAUGCAAAGCCUAAAGAAGGAGUACUCCACUUAGAAACACGUGAAUUGUCUUCUACUGAUCCGUACAACCCAACAACACCGUGUUCCCCGGGGCUGUGGGGCCGCGCACCCUCGCCGGGCCGAUGGCACCGCCUCCCGGCUCCCUCCUGGACCGAGGCCCCGCGCCGCGCUAGGCUGCGCCCGGCCCGCGCCCGCCGGGAACCAGCGGCUUCCGACGACCCACACCCGCGGAGCGCACCACCCGCGGAGCGCACCGCCCGCAGACGCCCGCCGCGGGGGAGGAGCCUCGGCCGAGCGGCCCGCCCACGCGGGGUUCUGGGAAGGGGUGGGGCGGAUGUGACAGCGCCCCGCCCCCGGUGGGAACCUUUGUCCGGCGGCACCGGGUCCGCCGCGCCGCCGCGGCUCGGUGGGCGUUUCCACUCCGCUCCUGAGUCCCCCGAGGUGCGCGGCUCGCCGGGCGGCGGAGGAGCUCGCUGGAAGCGGAGCGCGGCCGGCGCCCGCCAGACCUCGCCCCGUCGGAGGAAGCUGCCGCGGCCGGACGCUUACCGCCAUCCCAUCCCGGAACCGGAGCCCGAGCUCGGGCCGGGCGCGGGGCGCAGAGCCCGGAUCGGCUUGGGGAUGAGGGGGGCCUCUACUCCGAGGACGCUCGAUCCUAGGGGGACCCCGGCGCCCCCUCUCUCCCUCUGCUCCGGAGGACCCUUGCUGGCGAUCCUGGUGCUGCUGCUGGCGCUGCCCACCGCCUGGGGUCAGUGCAAGGCUCCAGAACAACUCUCCUUUGCCAGGCCUACAGUUCCAAUUGAGGCGUCUGAGUUUCCAGUCGGAACAUCUUUGCAGUAUACGUGUCGCCCUGGAUACAUAAGGAGACAGUUCUCAAUCACCUGCCUCCAAAACUCGUCGUGGACAGAAGCUUCAGAUAAGUGUAUACGUAAAGCAUGUAAAACCCCUUCUGAGCUUCUGAAUGGCAUGGUCCAUGUACAAUCAGGCACUCAAUUCGGAUCUAUAAUCACUUAUACCUGUAACCAAGGAUACCAACUCCUGGGUCAUUCCUCUGCGACGUGUAUCAUCUCAGAAAACACUGUUAUUUGGGAUAAUGAAGCACCUACUUGUGAGAGAAUUCUCUGUGAGCCACCCCCACCCAUCACCAAUGGAGAGGUCCUUGGCAGCAACGGUGAUGCCAUUCCAUAUGGCACGGUGGUGACCUAUCGCUGCACUCCCGGACCCAGAGGGAAGAAGCUGUUCAACCUGGUGGGGAACUCGUCCAUAUUCUGCACCAGCAAUGAGGAGAAUAAGGGUGUGUGGAGCGGCCCAUCUCCGCAGUGCGUCUCGGCCAAUACCUGCCUACCUCCGAGGGUUGAGAAUGGAGUCAUGGUGUCUGGCAGCAAGAACUCCUUUUCCUUAUCUGACACCGUGGAGUUCAGCUGUCAGUCUGGCUUCGUCAUGAAAGGAACCCCCCGCGUGACUUGCACAGCCCUGAGCAAAUGGGAGCCGGAAUUACCAAGCUGCUCUAGGGGAUGCAAGCCUCCUCCAGGAAUCCCGAAUGGUCAGCUUGCCCCAAGCAAGGACAGCUUCUUAGUAGGGGAAGAAGUAUUCUACAGCUGCCUCCCCGGCUAUGACCUCCGCGGGGCUGCGUCUCUGAACUGUACACCCCAAGGAGACUGGAGUACCAUGGCCCCCACCUGCGCAGUGAAAUUAUGUGAUAACUUUACCAGCCAACUCCCUCAUGGGCACGUGAAACUUCCGCUCAAUCCAGAAUUUGGGGCAAGGGUGACCUUCACUUGUGAUGAAGGGUUCCGAUUGAAAGGCUCCUCAGCUCGUUAUUGUGUCUUGGAUGGAAUGAGGACCCGGUGGAACAGCAGUGUUCCUGUAUGUGAACAAAUAUUUUGCCCAAGUCCUCCAACUAUCCUUAAUGGAAGACACACAAGCACGCUUCUGGGAGAUAUUCCUUAUGGAAAAGAAGUGUCUUACACAUGUGACUCCCACCCAGACAGAAGGAUGACCUUCAACCUCACAGGGGAGCGCACCAUCCGCUGCACCAGUGACAGUCAAGGGAAUGGGGUUUGGAGUGGUCCUCCCCCUCGCUGUGAACUUUUUGUUCCUUCUACUUGCCCACAUCCACCCAAACUCCAGAACGGCCACCACAUUGGCGAAUACACAUCGUCCUAUCUUCCUGGGAUGAAAGUCAACUACACCUGUGACCCUGGCUACCUGAUGGUGGGGAGGGGCUUCAUUUUUUGCACACCUCAGAGAACCUGGAGUGAAUUUGAUCAUUAUUGCAAAGAAGUGAAAUGUAGCCUCCCGUCGUCUAUGGAUGGGAUCCGGAAUAAGCUGGGACUAAAAGAAGAAUAUCAUUAUCAGGAAAACAUAACUCUAGAGUGUGAGGAGGGGUAUACAUUGGACGGCAGCCCCUGGAGCCAAUGCCAGGCCGAUGACAGUUGGGACCCUCCUCUGGCCUUAUGUACAACUGGCUCACGUACUAAUCUCAUAGUUGGCUUCUUCUUUGGUGUGAUCUUCUUUAUUUUAGCCAUCAUUUUGAUAUUUUGGCUAAUUCCCAAGUACAAAAAACGCACGAUUACGCAUAAAAAAUCUAAAGAAGUGAGUGUCAAUUUAUGCUCUCCAGAAAGCAGCUGUGCCCAGCCUCAAACUCUACUAUCAAGUCAAGAAAACAGCAGCCUGCUCUGCUCUAGAUACACCCUUCAAGAAUCCUAAAUUUCACAAAGGAUAGUGGAAGGAGCCCCAGGGAACGGUAAGGGACAAGCAUCCUUUCUUGACAACAUACUAUAAAGCUGGAACAUAUCUCAAGUUACAUGUUGACUGGAAGGGAGCCGAUUCAUUGCAACAGAGUAAGAUCUGAUUCCUGUGGCCUCUGAAGUGACUUCGUAGCGAUGCAUACAUGAAGAUGCUGAAAGGAUCUCCCUUCUCAGGCUGCCUUUCCAUUGCUCCCUCGGGCUCUUCCCUGUUCUUAGCGGAAGACGAAAUCCUUCUUAAGCUAGAGAAAAAUAGUUCAAUAACUUAAAGAAGUAUGUUGUCUCGCAGAGUUGUGGUUUACAAGUCUGUCAUUUCUCUUAUUUCAAAAUGUUCAAAACAUAAAAUGGAAAAGGAUCCCUUGGAAAAAGCACUGAGAGAUGAAAAUAAGUUGCACAGAAUUCUAUUUAAUUUUCUUCCGGCCAGUAUCCUUUCACAUUUUUAUCUUUAUACACAUACACAUCUUUCUUGCUUCAAUAGUUCCUUUAUUUUAUAAAAAUAGAAAAAAUAUAGUUUAUAUCUAUUUCUAAUUUAUGAAUGAAGAUUUUUGUUUAUGAAAGAGAUAUUAAAUAAUUGAGGGGAGAAUGGCCAUGACUAAAAUGUCAAACACUGGAUAUUUUGUUUUACAAGCAUUUUCUGCUAUAUUUUGUACUUAAAAAAUAAAAAGUUGAAAUAAAAGAAUUGUUACUGUUUUAAAAAAUUAGCUUACUUUGGUAUAGAUUCAUAGUACAUUAGAUCGACUGAAGACACACAACUUUUAAGAAUGUGUCAGUUCACAGGAAUUAAGUUAUAGCCAGAUAGGCAAGAUAACAAUGAUGCAUUGCAUAUUUUUUUAAAAACUUGAAGUGAUUUAGAAUGUUCUCACUACACAAAGAAAUAGUAUUUGAGAGAACAGAGAUGUUUUACCUUGAUUUGAAUGUUACACAAUGUAUAUACAAUAUUUAUUUGCAUAAACAUCACAUAAUGCUUCAUAUAUAUGAUUUCAUGUCAAUUUCUAAAAAGUGAGUAGCUUUAUAGUCUUUUUAGCCGUUCAAACCAUUAGAGUCAAAAACAACACAAAUGAAGAGAAUGAAUGCACAAAUACAGUCAUUAUAUUCAAUGUACAUUAUGUAAAAAUAGGUGUACAUAUCUUGCAGUUAGAGAUGGGAUGAGGAGAGACGAGAGAAGGAUGGAAGGGCAAAAUUGGUCAAAAUAUAUUGUACUCAUAACCUGACUUGUGAAAUUGAAACCCCCUUGUACCACUUCUUAACAAAAAACAAUAAUGAUAAAAAUAUUAUCGUAUUCUGGGACAUACUAAUGAUCUCUAGGAAACCUGAGGAGCUUUCUGGAUACUGAGUGAUACUUUUAUCCAUAUUUUUGUUAAUAUUGGUUAGUUGUUCAACGGGGUUUCAUUGUGACAUAUUCAUAUACAUGCAAUGUAGCCUGUUCAUUGCUCAUUCCUCUCUCCUCCCCCUGCCCUAAAUAAAGGCUAGCUUUAUACAUAA